AGUUAGCUGCCUAUAAUGGAACAAAGGUUGAGAGGUCUGAUCAGAUUCAUGCAGAUCAUCUUAUUCUUAUGGUCAACGACCUGAAUCUAAGGUGAGAUAUCCUUUAUCUCUGGUGCUACUGAAAGGUUUUUAAGAUUAGAAAUGUCUGUGAGUGGAGAUAGUGUUAUAAUCAACAUAGAAGGCUUGGCCUAUUCAAUUGAAGAAACGAUGUUCCAUGAUUCGCUUGUGCCACCAAAGAGUUGUAUCUUCAAGAUCCCCAAUAUACUCUACAGGCAAAAUGAAAAAGCAUUUAUCCCUGACGCAUUUUCUUUCGGCCCUCUUCACCAUGGCCAUCCAAACUUGAAAGCCGUUGAAAAAAUUAAAUUACAGUACUUGCAAUGUCUUAUUUCUCGAUUACACACUUCAGAGACAGGUAAGAUAAGGGUGAUAGAUUUGAUCAAAUCCAUCGAGGAAUUAGAGAGAGAGGCUCGUCAAUAUUAUGCCGAAUCAAUUGAAUACACUCCAGAAGAAUUUGUCAAAAUUUUGUUAAUUGAUGGUUGCUUUAUUAUUGAGCUUUUUCGCAAGGAUGCUUACAAGGAGCUUAGAGAAAAAGAAGACCCUAUUUUUACCAUGUCUUGCAUGCUUCAAUUUCUAUACCACGACUUGAUAUUACUAGAAAACCAAGUUCCAUGGAUUGUACUCGAGUGCUUGUUCAACAUGACCAAACAACAAACCCAUACCCAUUCUUUACUUGAACUUGCCAUUCAUUUUUUUGGGACAACUUUCUCAGCCACACCACCUACCAAAAUCUUGUCUCUCAAAGACAUCAAGCAUAUUGUCGACCUACUUAGAAAAUGGUUGGUUUCAUCAACUACAGUGGAAGAAAACAACUCAAAAUAUUGGGAAGUCAUGCCUUCUGCUACGAGCCUUGUGGAGGCCGGAAUCAAAUUCGUGAAGGGUACAUCUAAAAGCAUAUUGGACAUAAAAUUCAAUGAUGGGGUCCUCAAAAUUCCUCCAUUACUAAUCCAAGAGACAACAGAAACAGUUUUCCGAAAUCUGAUCGCUUUUGAGCAAUGCUACACCGACUGUGAAGCAUGGUUGACUUCCUAUGCCAUACUCAUAGACAACCUCAUCAACACUACCAAGGACUUGGACAUACUUUGCGAGAGUGAGAUUAUUCAUAGCUGGUCAAAUCGAAAGGAAGCGGUUCAGUUCUUCAAUAAGCUCUACCACAAUACUUAUGUCAAAACUUUCUAUUACGGAAAGCUUUGCAACAAUGUUAAUGGAUACUGCAACCGCAGGUGGCCUAGAUGGCGUGCUGUGCUUGUGCGCAAUUAUUUCAACACUCCUUGGGCUUUACUUUCGACAUUGGCCGCUGUCAUCCUAUUGAUCCUCUCUUUCUUACAAACUUUGUAUACCAUGAAAAGUUAGCAAUAUUACAAUCUAAUUAUCAGAACUUAUUGUGUAUUAAUCGGUCCCUUCAGCUUGUCCUCUUUCGAUGUCAUUUGGGGAUAGAUAGAAAUAUUGUUUUCAGUUUUAGGGAUUUCUUAUAAUUAAUGAUAUGUGAAAAAUGAAUUGAUUAUGUCAAAUGGGCAGAUGAUUUUCAAUUGUUUCAGUGAAA